AUGUUGGACAUCACGCAAUUCAUCGAGGAGAAGGGUGGUAACCCUGAGCUCAUCAGACAGUCGCAAAGGGCCAGACACGCGAAUGUGGAGAUUGUAGACACCAUUAUCGCAGACUAUAAAGAAUGGGUCAAGACCCGUUUCCAAUUGGAUGAGCUCAACAAGGCCCAAAACAAAGUACAAAAGGAGAUUGGGCUCAAGUUCAAAGCCAAAGAGGACCCCAAGGAGCUUUUGGCCAAAAAAGAGGAAAUCGCCGCCGAGAAGAAGAAAUUGGCCGAUCUGGAACAGCAACAGGACUGCCAACUAAAGGAGAAAGUUUUCCAAGUUGGUAACAUCGUCCACCCAUCGGUGGUUGUCUCGAACGAUGAGGACAACAAUGAGCUGGUGCGUAGCUGGAAACCCGAAGAAUUGGCCAAGAUCGACGGCACUGCAGCUUGUUCGGGCAAGCCCGCGACACUAUCGCACCACGAAGUGCUACUGAGACUUGAUGGCUACGAUCCGGAGCGUGGUGUCAAGAUCUCGGGCCACAGAGGGUAUUUCUUCAGACAAUAUGGUGUUUUCUUGAACCAGGCUUUGAUCAACUAUGGUCUGUCGUUCUUGGCAUCCAAGGGCUACAUCCCACUCCAGGCGCCCGUUAUGAUGGACAAGGAGGUCAUGAAGAGAACUGCGCAGUUGUCACAGUUUGAUGAAGAGCUUUACAAAGUUUUGGACGGCGACGACGAAAAAUACUUGAUUGCCACUUCUGAACAGCCAAUCUCCGCGUACCACUCCAACGAAUGGUUUGAAAAGCCCCAAGAACAGCUGCCCAUUCGUUACGCUGGCUACUCGUCUUGUUUCAGACGCGAAGCCGGUGCUCACGGUAAAGACGCGUGGGGUGUUUUCAGAGUCCACGCGUUUGAAAAAAUCGAGCAAUUUGUGCUUACGGAACCGGAAAAGUCCUGGGAAGAGUUCGAUCGGAUGAUUGAAACUUCCGAAGAGUUCUACCAAUCGCUAGGGUUACCUUACCGUGUUGUGGGAAUUGUCUCUGGUGAAUUGAACAACGCCGCUGCCAAGAAGUACGAUUUGGAGGCUUGGUUCCCAUACCAGCAAGAAUACAAGGAAUUGGUUUCUUGCUCCAACUGUACCGACUACCAAUCCAGAAACUUGGAGAUUAGAUGUGGUAUCAAGAAAAUGGGCGACAGAGAAAAGAAAUAUGUUCAUUGUUUAAACUCUACAUUGAGUGCGACCCAAAGAGCUCUAUGUUGUGUCCUUGAGAACUAUCAAACCGAAGAUGGUUUGCUUGUGCCACAAGUUCUGAGAAAAUACAUCCCAGGGGAGCCAGAUUUUAUCCCUUUCACCAAAGAGCUCCCAAAAAACUCGACCUCUAACAAGAAGAAGAACAAUAAUAAUUAG